AUGGGAGCUAAAGGUGGUAAAAGUAAACAAGAUCCGACAAUAUUGACCGAGGAACAACUGAAAAGAUUACAGAACUGUACUCGUUAUACUGCUGAAGAAAUCUCAGCGUGGCAUGCGGGCUUCUUAAAAGAUUGUCCGUCGGGUAAAUUGGAUAAAAAACAAUUUUUGAAUGUAUAUAAGAAAUUCUAUCCGGAAGGAAAAGCUGAUAAAUAUUGUAAUUUUGUUUUCAAAGCGUUUGAUUCAGAUGGGAAUGGUUGGAUUGACUUUACAGAAUUUCUAACUGCCGUUGGUCUGUCACAACAUGGUGAAUUGAAAGACAAAUUAGGAAUGGCAUUCGAUAUCUACGAUCAGAAUAAAGAUGGACAAAUAAAUCGUAAAGAUAUGGUUAAAAUAAUUGAAGCAAUGUAUGAUUUAGCUAAUGAAGAAGAUCGAAGGGGAGAAAAAGCACCCGAAAAACGUGUGGAAUUGAUAAUGAAAAGGUUAAAUAAAGAUGAUAUUGUACUUCGACUUGAAUUUAUUCAAGGAUGCUUAAAGGAUGAAUUUUUGAGAAAAAUACUAGCGCCCAAUACAGCUCAACCGUUUGGUAUGAACACAACGGAUGGUGUACAAACAACAACAAUAAAUAUCAGUGAUGAAACGGGUGCCGCAGUUUAA